AUGGACGCGAGACGGAGGUCCUCCGUCGUCAACGUCGACCGCGACAAUGACGGGGUGCUUCGAGUUAACGAUGAAUCUUUUCGCAAGAUGAGCGUUGUCAAUCCUGACAUCGCCAAUCUUCAUCAGGGAGCUCAAUCGGCUACUCAAGCGGAGCAUGAGAUGACCAUUCGAGAUGCUCUCAAGCUUUAUCCGAAGGCCGUUAUGUUUUCUGUUGCCUUCUCCACCGCCGUCGUUAUGGAAGGCUAUGACUUAUCUCUUACCGGUUCAUUCUUCGGCUUCCCACCUUUCAAAAACAGAUAUGGUACUGAACCGGACCCGGAAAACCCUGGACAGCUGCAAAUCGGAGCUGCGUGGCAGUCUGGUAUCACGAACGGUGUACAGGUGGGGUCUAUCAUUGGUCUCUAUCUCAACGGCUAUAUCUCCGACAUAAUCGGUUACAAAAAGACCAUGGUUCUCUCGCUCCUCGUCAUGAUUUGCUUCCUCUUCAUACCGUUCUUCGCUCCCAGCAUUGGAGUAAUUCUACUCGGCGCCGUGCUCUGCGGAAUUCCCUGGGGUAUUUUUCAGACCCUCACCGUCACCUACGCCUCCGAAAUUUGCCCAGUGGCCCUGCGCGCCUAUCUCACAACCUACGUGAAUCUCUGCUGGGUCAUAGGACAAUUCAUCGCUGCUGGUGUUCUGCGCGGUUUCCUCGAGAGGACUGACCAGUGGGCGUACCGCAUUCCGUACGCCCUUCAGUGGGUGUGGCCCGUCCUCAUUCUUCCGUUUGCUAUCAUGGCUCCGGAGAGCCCCUGGUGGCUGGUACGCAAGGGCCGUGAGGAGGAUGCGAAGAAGUCACUGUUAGCCCUCACCAAGCGGGGUACCAAUGUUCCGUUCGACGCCGAUGCCCAGGUUGCUAUGAUCAAGGCUACCAAUGAACUCGAGAAGGCGAUGGCCGAGUCUACAUCUUACGUCCAGUGCUUCCGUGGCGUCGAUGGUCGACGUACUGAGAUUGCAUCCAUGACUUGGGUCAUCCAGGCUUUCUGCGGUGCCGCUCUUAUGGGCUACUCCGUCCAGUUCUACCAACAGGCUGGCCUCGCGAACACGGAUGUGUUCAACUUGAACUUGGGUCAGUAUGCUAUGGGCGCCGUCGGCACCAUCGGCUCCUGGUUCCUCAUGCCUCACGUCGGCAGACGCACCAUUUACAUCGCUGGUUUGGCCGUCAUGCUUGUCCUCCUCCUUGCCGUCGGCUUCGCCGGUAUUCCCGAGAGGACUUCCAACGGCACGAACACGGGCGCUAGUUGGGCUAUUGGAUCUUUGUUGCUUAUUUAUACCUUUGUCUACGAUUUCACUGUGGGCCCCGUCUGCUACUCUCUUGUCGCUGAGAUCCCGUCAACUCGACUGAAGAUCAAGACCGUUGUGCUGGCCCGAAACUUCUACAAUAUCGGCGGUAUCAUCAACAACAUCAUCAUGCCGAGAAUGCUUCUCAACACCGAGUGGAACUGGGGCCCCUUCACCGGUUUCUUCUGGGCUGGUGUCAAUGCACUGCUUCUCACGUGGUGCUAUUUCCGUCUUCCUGAACCCAAGGGCCGUACCUACGCCGAGCUCGACGUUCUCUUCGAGAACGGCGUCAGUGCUAGGAAGUUCGCCAAGACCAAGGUCGAUCAGUUCGCCGGCCAGCACACCGAGAUCGUUGACGAUUUCGAUGAGAAGCCGAAGGUGGUGCAGCACAGCUUUGUGCACUAG